AUGUCUGUUUCGAACGUUCACCAUCGUUUGAUUCUUGAGGAUAUAGGAAUUAUUGGAAGCCCACAAAAAAUGGAAGAAGUAUCUAAAUGGCAACACUGUGUUUUACAAUUUCACGAAUGUAUUGGAAUAACAUAUUGGGCAGACGACGAUUACUGUUUUUGUUAUAUGAUUAUAUACAAUUUUACAAAAUUGAAAGCCGUGAAUACUUUUCUUAUUGAUGAUGAACAAAAAUUCGGUUGUUCACCUGAACUUGAAGUAGUUAGAAGGAACUAUAUAAAAAACGAAGCUUCAUAUGAUGAAAGUGAAUCGCAGUCAGUUGCAAAAAAGAAUUCAGAAGAAGCUUCAUAUGAUGAAAUUGAAUCCCAUUUAGCUACAGAAAAGAAUUCAGAAGGUAUUUGUGAAACGUAUUCAUUUUUAACGAAUAUUUGCUCAGUAAAAGCUGCUAAAAUGGAAAAUGAACUUGCACAUUUGAAAAAAUCAUUUUUUGUUCUUAAUUUGCUCAUAUAUCAAUCAUAUCAUAAGAAUUGCUCUUAUAUCAUAUCAUAA